GUUCUGACGUCAUUUGUAGACCAAAGUGGAGGUUGGGCGACCAGUGUGACUGUGAAUGACAGUUCCACGAAGCUCUGUGAAAGAACAAGGAAGUGAUAGCUAUACCGCCCGAGUUGGACGAGAAACAAGACGGUUCUUUUGAAAUUUUCCUCGAUUUCAGCCACGGAGAAUACAGCUUCUGGGGGGAUGUUCCUGCAGCCUCUUGGCCAUGUUUCCUGGGCCUUGCAUUACCCUCACAGAAUGGAGCUGUAGGUCUGCGUGUUGGUCAUCAUCAUCAUCAUCGCUGUGAGACCUGCCUGUCUGACUGCCCAGUGCCUGUUAUCGACAAAUCAUGGCCCCCGUUCCACCUGGCAUCCGUUUCCUGGCAUCCUUCAACAGAGAUCAGUGGUACAGAGCCUUCACCUUUGGCCUCACCUUCCUGCUGUACACCAGCUUCCACCUGUCCAGAAAACCCAUCAGCAUUGUCAAGAGUGAGCUGCAUAAGAACUGCUCAGCUCUCCAUGAGCUCUCCACGGCUGGUAGUAGGCAGCUGCCCAGCCUCCACACAGAGACGGACUGCAGCUGGAAACCUUUUGAUAAAAGCAACUAUAAGCAGCUUCUGGGAGCCAUGGACUACUCCUUCCUCUGUGCCUACGCUGUGGGAAUGUACCUCAGUGGCAUCAUCGGCGAGCGCCUGCCUAUUCGUCUGUACCUGACGUUCGGCAUGCUGAUGAGUGGCCUCUUCACCUGUCUGUUUGGUCUGGGCCGCAUCUACAACAUCCACAACCUCAGCUUCUAUAUAUUUGUCCAGGUGGCCAAUGGCUUGGUUCAGACCACUGGCUGGCCCAGUGUGGUCACGUGCAUCGGGAACUGGUUUGGGAAGGGAAGGAGGGGUCUGAUCAUGGGCAUAUGGAACUCCCAUACCUCAGUGGGCAACAUCCUGGGCUCUUUGAUUGCAGGUUACUGGGUCUCCUCCAACUGGGGCCUGUCCUUCAUCGUCCCCGGCCUCGUCAUCGCUGCUAUGGGUGUCGUCUGCUUCCUCUUCCUCAUCGAACAUCCAAAUGAUUUGAAAAGCAUCCAUGAUGUGCAGAACCCUGCUUCCAGCAACACUAAGCUGACCAAUAGCUGGAAAGGGGUGAAUGGACAUAACCAGCUCUAUCAUUCGUACAAACAAGGAGGCAAAUCUCAGAACUGGGACACAGAGCUGCUGCUCCCUGUACAGCAGGUGGUAGUGGUGAAGAGCGAAUCGGAGCCCUCGGCCAUCAGCUUCAUGGGAGCAUUACGCAUACCGGGAGUGAUCGAGUUCUCUCUGUGUUUGCUGUUUGCCAAGCUGGUCAGCUACACUUUCCUCUUCUGGUUGCCGCUCUACAUCACGAAAGCAGCUCACCUAGAUGCCAAGAAGGCCGGAGAGCUCUCCACUCUGUUUGACGUGGGAGGAAUUGUGGGGGGAAUCCUGGCUGGGGUCAUAUCUGAUAAGCUGGGAAAGAGGGCCACUACCUGUGCAGUGAUGCUGCUGCUGGCUGCUCCUACUCUUUAUGGCUUUUCUAUGAUCAGUGAGUUUGGACUGGGACCCACCAUCGGUAUGCUGCUGGUGUGUGGAGGGCUAGUGAAUGGACCAUAUGCCCUUAUUACAACAGCAGUGUCUGCUGAUCUGGGAACACACAAGAGCCUGAAGGGCAACUCCAGAGCCCUUUCUACUGUCACAGCCAUCAUCGACGGCACAGGAUCAGUAGGUGCAGCGAUAGGUCCCCUCCUGGCAGGAGUGUUGUCGUCACGGGGAUGGAACCAGGUCUUCUACAUGCUGAUGGCAGCUGACUUCCUAGCACUGGUGCUGUUGCUGCGGCUGGUGACAAAGGAGCUGACCUCUGCCAACGUGGUUAAACCUCGUUCUGGCAGCACCACAGUAGAGAUGAAAGAGCACUGAGCACUUUGCACUAACUCCAGACACAGGAGUGAACAGAUCGUCACUCAGCACAGACACACACGCUGCAUCUUAUGCCACUAACCUGUACCUCCGUCCAGUAACUGAACUGAGCUAGUGUGAAGCAGCACCUCCUUAGAACCGAAUGAAAGCCGAUUGAAGAUUCGGUAACAAGAUAAUAAGCAACCAACCAAGCCAUCCAAAGUUCCUCUGAGCACGUACCACUAUAACUUUUGUUUUACUUGUUCUACAGCACACUGGGCCUUAAAUAUAUAUAUAUAUAUAUAUAUAUAUAUAUAUAUAUAUAUAUAUAUAUAUAUAUAUAUAUAUUGCUGUCAGGUCUGCCUUAUGGAACCAAAGAUUGUGUGGAAAUGCAUUAUAAUUUAUAUGAAAUGUAUUAUUAUAAUUUUUUUAAAGUUGCCAUUAUAUUAUUCUGUUCUGUGGUGUAUUUUCUCUGUAAAUUAAGUAUAUGCAGGUACUGCUAUUUUGUAUUUGUAUAUGAUCAACAAAUUAUGUUUAUUAUGUUUGGUGACUUCAAUCCUAUGAAUGUAACAUUUUGUGUUAGUUGGUAUGUAGAAUUUCAUACUCAAACUGAUGAGGAUCAAUCAUUUCUGAAUAAGCUUUUCUUUAGGCAGUGCAAUGUUGAAAACGUUAGUGAUGAUGUUUUAUGUAGAUGUAGAAAAUAUCAAAUACCAUCAUCCCAAACCUUAAAUGAUCAUAUAAAAGUGAGUUAAUUUAUUCUGCCUCUACAAUGUGAACAUUUUGAAUGUGUUCCUUUUGACUAAUGCCUGCUAACUCAAGUCCCUUUAUAGUGUAAAUAGCCCAAAAUGCCAAAUGAGUGAAGAAAUGUAGGUGAUAAUCAUCUUUAUAAAAAAAAAAUAUAUUCUUAACUUUCAUGAUGGCACAUGCAGAGGCUGUGGUCAAUUCCAAUUCACUUGCUGUGUUAAACAGAAUUGAAGUGGAAUAGACCCCAUCCAACAACAUGUCCAUUUUAUUUAUGUGGAGAUAGAGCACAUCGUGGAGGAAGAUAAAACGUUCAUCUAAGUUCUUCAGUGGUAGUACUUGAAAUACUGUGUGCCUUUUGUUGUUUGUCAGGCAGUUGCUUCGUUCAGUGACGUAUGUGUGAGCCUUACUUGAUUACUAUAGCUACAUGGUCUUGGUGACAAUUGUAGAUUUGUAAUGACCUCUUGGUAAAUCAAUAAAAAAAGAUGGCAUGUCUGUA